CCCUAAAAUAACCGGCGAAUCCAAACCCUAGUUCGUCGAGGAUCAAUCCAAUCAUGGCGGGUAUGGGCGACGGUUACGUGGGCACGGCGCAGGACGCCGUUCGAAUCCGACGGCUGGAGAAGCAGAGAGAAGCCGAGCGCCGCAAAAUCCAAGAGCUCAAGAACAAAACCGCCUCUUCACAAGGCCAACCUGGUCUCCUUCAAUUCGGUUCCAGCACCUCCGAGAUUCUCGAGACUGCAUUCAAGAAAGAAACCGUUGGUCUAGUGACUAGAGAACAAUAUGUUGAGAAGAGAGUGAAUAUUAAGAACAAAUUUGAAGAGGAAGAGAAGGAGAAGCUCCUAAAGUUGCAGCAAGAGGAGGAGGAGCUUCAGUUGCAGAAAUUGAAGAAGCGGAAAAUCAAGGCGGACCCCCGACUAUCUUUUGCUGAUGAUUUUGAGAGCUUCGAUGAGGAGGAAGACGAGGAAAAUAAUGAAGACUCUGAAGGCCAUGGCCGCCGAAAAUUCGGAAAACUUGGAAAAGACCCUACAGUCGAAACCAGCUUUUUGCCCGAUAGUGAGAGGGAGGCAGAGGAACAGGCUGAGCGUGAACGUUUGCGCAAACAGUGGCUUCUUGAGCAGGCACAGAUCAAAAACGAGCCUCUUCAAAUCACUUACAGUUAUUGGGAUGGUACUGGCCAUCGACGAGUGACUCAGGUUCGGAAAGGUGAUACAAUAGGGGAGUUUCUUCGUGCUGUUCAGCAGCAGCUUUCUCCUGAGUUCCGAGAAGUUCGGACUACUUCAGUUGAGAACUUGCUUUAUGUGAAAGAAGAUCUCAUCAUUCCACAUCAACACAGUUUCUAUGAGCUGAUUGUGAACAAGGCUAGAGGCAAAAGUGGACCGCUUUUCCAUUUUGACGUACAUGAGGAUGUUCGGACUAUUGCUGACGCGACAAAAGAGAAAGAUGAGUCGCAUGCUGGUAAAGUUGUUGAGAGACAUUGGUAUGAGAAGAACAAGCAUAUAUUUCCAGCUUCAAGAUGGGAGAUAUACGAUCCGACAAAGAAAUGGGAGCGAUACACUAUCCAUGGGGAUUGAUUUAAUUCAGUGCUAGUUUCCUUUGGUCUUUAGCUGUUGAUCUUUCAGCAGUUAGAACAAAUCUAGUUUUAUGUCUAAAUUCAAGGAACUUUUAUUCUACUAUUGGUGUCACAACACUUGGUAUCAGAACUAACUGUUGAACCCAACUCUUUUUUUUUUCUUCUUUUUUUCUGUUCGAAGUAAGGUUUUUUUUUUGGUAAAUUUUUAAACUUGAGGAUCUAAAUAUAAUUACACCUAAACUAGUGG